ACCCAGAAAGUUUUUGGAUGGAUGGAUGUUUGUUUUCCUUGGAGGAGGAAUUAAAAUAUACAUUGUAAACAGGAUAAUGCUAAAAAAUAAAACCUGGAUUUUGGAAGAUAUUACUUUGUGUUAUACAUUUAUAGAAAACUCAUGCCCUAAACAGACCUAUUCAUUGGCUGUUCGUGUUUUUAUGUAUGUAAUAUUGUGCAUAUUAAUCACAUUCACUGUUUGUGGAAAUUUGCUAGUAAUCAUUAUUAUAUCUCAUUUCAAGCAGCUUCAUACACCAACAAAUUACCUUACUCUUUCUCUGGCAGUUGCUGACUUUCUCCUAGGUGGGCUCGUAAUGCCACCCAGUAUGAUCAGAUCAGUUGAAACGUGCUGGUACUUUGGUGAUUUUUUUUGCAAGUUUCAUACCAGUACAGACAUGAUGCUGUGCUUAUCCUCUAUUUUGCAUCUGUCCUUCAUUUCAGUUGAUCGUUAUUAUGCAGUAUGUUUUCCUCUUACAUACAAUGCUAAAAUUAACGUAGGUCUUGUAGGCAGAGCAAUUUUUCUUAUUUGGUGUUGCUCAGCUGCAUAUGGAUUUGGAAUAGUAUUCUAUGGAAUAAGUAUGAAGAAUGCUGAUUCCUUUUCUGACCAAAGUUUAUUUUGCAUCGGUGGCUGCUUUGUAGUGCAUACCUUGGUAACCACUGUGAUCACUUCAUUAGUUGGAUUUGUUAUCCCAGCUUUUAUUAUAUUAGGUAUUUAUCUAAAGAUCUUCAUUGUAGCAAAGAAACAAAUCAGAGCUAUUAAAAAAACAAUUGACAAAAAUGCUGCAUCAAGACAGAGAGAAAGAAAAGCAGCAAAAACAUUGGCAAUAGUUAUAGGUGUAUAUAUUACGUGCUGGACACCAUUUUUCUUAUGGAGUAUGAUGUUUUCUUUUUCCAAUAAUUCAACUCCUGCUUCUGUAAUUGACACUUUAGUCUGGUUUGCAUACAUCAACUCCACUUGUAACCCUUGCAUUUAUGCCUUUUUUUAUAACUGGUUCAGAAAAGCUCUCAGAAUGAUUGUGUGUGGAAAUAUUUUUAAUAAUCACUCUGCAUGGGCAAUUCUUUAUACUGACUAAAUUAUUAAAACCUUCAUCAUAAUGAACAAAUGUGUAUUUAUAGUAAGAGUAUAUAAUCACCUAAUGAAUGAAACACAUACACAUAUGUAUUUAUCAUUUGUAAACUCAGUGAUGUGUACCAAAAUUCCAGAAAAUCUAAACUCAAAGAUAAAAAUACAUCUUAGAAAUGUUAUGAAGUCCAUUGUGUGUUUCUUUAACAUAAUUUUUUACUUCA